UAAGAUGGUGGUUUGAGCGUAAAUUGUCUCCACAAUACCAAGAAAAGAAAGGGGCAAAACAUCUUUGUAGCCUUUUAAUCACAACAGAACAACACAACUACGGUUAUCUUAAGUGACCGGCUAUAGAAAUUUUGACAUUUCAGACACAUUGGCUCGCAGUCCCCGCCCAAUUUGGUGUGACUCCCUUGGAGUGGAAUCCUAAGCUAAAUACGGACAGGCCCUGUGCUCUGUGACCAGCUUCAACACUCACCCUCGCUGCGCCAUAGGAUGUCCCACAGCCCUGAAAUGAAGGACGACCCCAUGGAGUGCCCUCUGUGCAUGGAGCCGCUGGAGAUUGAUGACGUCAACUUCUUCCCCUGCACCUGCGGCUAUCAGAUCUGCCGCUUCUGUUGGCAUCGCAUCCGCACAGACGAGAACGGCCUCUGCCCCGCCUGCAGAAAGCCGUACCCAGAGGACCCCGCCGUGUACAAGCCUCUGUCACAAGAGGAGAUCCAAAGGAUAAAGAACGAAAAGAAGCAGAAACAGAACGAGAAGAAGCAGAAGGUGACAGAAAACCGAAAGCAUCUGGCCAGCGUCAGAGUGGUCCAGAGAAACCUGGUGUUUGUGGUGGGGCUCUCACAGCGACUCGCCGACCCGGAGGUCCUAAAACGACCAGAGUAUUUUGGGAGGUUUGGGAAAAUCCAUAAAGUGGUCAUCAACAAUAGCACAUCCUACGCAGGUUCACAGGGGCCCAGUGCCAGCGCUUAUGUCACUUACAUCCGCUCUGAAGACGCUUUAAGAGCAAUACAGUGUGUGAACAAUGUGGUUGUUGAUGGCAGAACACUCAAGGCUUCUUUAGGCACAACAAAGUACUGCAGUUACUUUCUUAAAAGUAUGCAGUGUCCCAAACCUGAUUGUAUGUAUCUACAUGAGCUGGGGGAUGAAGCAGCUAGCUUUACUAAAGAGGAGAUGCAGGCAGGGAAACAUCAAGAGUAUGAGCAGAAACUCCUCCAAGACCUCUAUAAAAUUAACCCCAGCUUUCUACAACCUCCAUCAUGUGGAACAGAGAAGUCAAAGAGUAAAUCCAACUCCACACAGAGAACCAACAGUAGCAACGGUAAAGAUGGGUGGCCAACGCUGUCGGGACAUAACAAACUGGCCAACGGGCUUUCAGAGGACCGCAAGUCUCCUCCGCUGCUAGACUAUCUAGACCAAGAAGUCAUUACUUCAGAUGGGCUAGAAACAGAUCUGGGUCCUGGUCAGCGUACAGCUCUGUCCCCCUUCUCCUCUAACUGUGACAGUAACAGUCCCAGUGAUAAACCUCCAGAGUCGAUCGGUAUGGUGAAUGGAGAAACUUUACAACAGAUACCCACCAGUGACUCCCCCUCUCCUCCCCCGGGUUUAACCAAGCCCAGCCUGGUGGUGCCCAUCAGCGUGUCAGACCUCACAGCCCGCUCACCGUUCGAGGGAGCGGCAGCUGAGUCCCAGUCACUCUUUUCAGACAACAGUAACUUCAGACACCCUAACCCUCUCCCCGCUGGCCUGCCUCCCUUCCCCAGCUCCCCCCGCGGCAAUUCUGACUGGCCCAUGACCCCUGAACCACAGAGCCUCUUCACGUCAGACACAAUACCAGUGUCUUCCUCCACAGACUGGCAGGCGGCCUUCGGCUUCGGCUCGUCAAGCAAACAGCAGGACGACGAUCUCGGCUUCGAUCCCUUCGACGUCACUCGCAAGGCCUUGGCUGAUCUGAUCGAGAAGGAGCUGUCGGUGCAGGAUCAGAGCCCCUUGUCCCCAGGGGUCUUCCCCCACAGUGGGAGCAACCAUGGUCCCAGCCUGCCUCCUCUCAACCCCAACCCUGGUGCCUCUCACCACUUCCCCAGCGGCCUGCCUCGCCUCCCCCAGCUCCACCACAGAGCCAUCUACAGCUCCUUCAGUUUCCCCGGCAGUCAGAACAGCCAGUCCAGUCAGCAGCAGCAGCCAGCCGCAGCCAGACACCCCUGGAUGGGCGUCCCGACACGAAAUAACCUCACACACUUGAACCACUCAGCCAGUGCUGCCUCACACAGUAAUUUCCUGGACCUGAAUCUGCCCCCUCAGCACAACACAGGGCUGGGAGGGAUCCCCAUCUCAGAAAACAGUGGCUCUAUAGACGGCUUAAAUGUGAAAGAGUGGCAGGACGGCCUCAGAGCUCUCCUGCCCAACAUCAAUAUCAACUUCGGGGGCCUCCCAAACUCCUCCUCCUCUUCAUCCUCCUCAUCCUCCAACAGUGUUAACCACGUCGGUGGGCCGGCGGGGCCAGCAGGCAUCUCACACAGCCUGAGCUGGGACGGCACAGCCAGUUGGAUGGACCCUGCUAUCAUCACAGGCAUCCCGGCCUCAGCAGGCAACAGUUUAGACUGUCUCCAGGACGACAACCCACCACACUGGCUCAAGUCCCUGCAGGCGCUCACAGAGAUGGACGGCCCGGCCAGCUCAGCGGUGCCCGCUCCCCCCCAGCCCCUCCACAGCGGCCUCCUCGACGCCCACCUCCCCCUCCACCACAGAGCCGCCGGCGGCUGGGCUCCCUACCUGCCCCCUCCCACAACUAACCCCGCGGCAAUUCUGACUGGCCCAUGA